AUGGCAGCAAGACCAACUACCCCGCUCAGGCGGGUAUCACGCGGCUCGAUCUCAGCCUCUGCAUCGCUACGUCGCUCUCAAGGACCUGGCGGUGCGUCUGGAUAUGGAGCAGCUGAUGAUACGCCCCUCGCGUUUCUGGACUCUGCAAUGUCCGACUUGGCGGAUGAGACGGCAGUGUUGCAGUCCAAUUUGGAAGCCGUUAGCGGUAUCCACGAAGCGCUGCGGACCUUUGAUGAGAACUUUGCAAUGUUUCUCUACGGCCUCAAGAUGAACGCGUUCUGCGUGGAGUGGCCAGAGGUGAAUGAUGGAAGGUGACCACGGCAGUGUUCUGAUUUGCUGGUUUUACUGACUGCUUGUUCUUCGUCUCCCUUCAGGCGCCCGCGGAGGAGAACUUCGAAAGAGCUGGAGAGCGCGGAGGUGAGCGAUGCCGUCAUGUUCUGGUGACUGCUUCAUGGGCAUGUCAUGCUCAUCCCUCUCUGCCUCCGUGUGCCGGCAGAUCGAUUGCAGGAGCAGCAGCUCGCGCGCGCCCAGAUCUCGUCUGGGGACUACUCCUCCGGAGAUGUGCGAGGACGCGCCAGCGGAGGUGGAGGUGCCUCCAGUUUCAAUGCGGGAGAUCAGACCUACAUGACUACCGAUGAGAACGACUCUUUCGGGCCUCCAACUCCCAAAGCUGCUCCUGCUGUUCAAAAAGCGGCCACACUAAAACCUGCGCUCAAGAAGACCGUGCCCGCCAGCGGGGCUGCCGCUGGGAAGCCUGGCGCAAAAGCCAAAAUCACACCUGCGUUGCGUAAGAAGCGAGAGGUGAGCAAGACAAAGUAACGCGAGCUUCAUCAUAGACUCAGUCGCUCAUGACUGUACGGCGCCAUCUAGAGCAUUGCUGCUACGAUCAUCGAGACUCUGCCGUUGGAAUACCGCGGCGCGGAUCCAGUGAGUGCCAACGCGUCUUCGGUUCGGAGCAUUGGAUCUCUGAGCUGACUUGUUCUCCGCGAGCAGAAACCUCGCGCUCUCGCCGAAAAUGUCAUCCUCGCACUGAUGGCUGCAGGCCCAAAGGGAGCCAGAAGUGAGCGCAGAUACGGCUGAAAGUCCCCUUUCAUUGCAGGCGCUGACCUUGCCCGAUCUGCACCGAAACCUCUGACAGUCAAUGAAAUCGCAACAACGGACAUGCCUUCAGCGCGCGUGAACAAGACAUUGAUCGCCCUGAUCGCCGCGAAACACGUCGUGAAGUCAUCUAAUAAUGUGAGUGUGAACAGUGGGCAGCUAGGCGUGCCAGCCGCACGGGCUUUUCCUACUGGCACUGACGACAAAGGCAACGUCUCUUCGGACCCUGCGCCUUUUCUUCUUCCAGGGAGUUGUCUAUCACCUCGACCCUGCUAGGCAUCCAGAUCUGCCCUGA